GAGGGUGGGGAGUCUGUAGUGCAUUUAGAAUUAUUUCAUUGGGUAAAUUUUUGUUUAGAUUGGAUUUAAGGUUGAGCACAGCUGUACUGUAGCUGUGUAUUCUCUUUCUUGAUUAAUACAAAUAUCUUCUUAUUAGUGAAAAUAAAAAGAAGGUUAAUUAUGGAUUCUUAGCUCACUAGUUGCCCCUACUAUUGGGGCUGCUAUUUUGUAUUACAGAUAUUCAAGAAUGACUGCUGAACUGUUGCCAACAGUUAUAACAUCCAUACAAAAAAGGAUUGAAGUCGGUUUCCCUUUCAGAAAUGACCAGACAGGUCUACUGACUGCUUCUUUUAGUUGUUUGACAGCAACUUUCACUAUCUCACCAUCCUCAACGCAAGUUAAAGAAGUGCUUCUUAAAGAGAUGAAUGAAGGUUUUAUUGAGGCUGAAAAGAAGCCAAGAGUUCUUCUUACUUUGUUUCAUUACUUGGAAAAAGUAAACAAUCACACAGUAUGCUUAGAGGCUCUCCAGGUGAGAGCUGCAUCAGUAACAUGUUUUGCGGGCAUAACUUCCUCUGUAUUCUUCUCUCUUGCGAAGGAGAAACAUGAUUUCAUUCUUUCUGCUGCGAUUAAUGCAGCCAAACAAGACGAGGUGCCUUCAGUUAGAUCAGCUUCUUGUCGAGCCAUUGGUGUCAUUUCAUGUUUUCCUGAAGUUUUCCAGAGAGAUCCUGAACAAAUUGAUUCACGCAGUGGAGAUUAAUACCCGCGACCCCUCAAUAUCGCUAUUUCUCUUUUACUUUCAGUUUUUAUAAUAACCCUGCUCUCCAAUUUGUUCAUAAG